AAGUGCCGGCAAUCUGGGCUUAACGGGGCCUCCCUGCCCGAGCGAGAGGAAGGGAAGCUCACCUUUGAGCUGCUCCACAGCGCCGCCUCUGCACUGGCACUACCUAGCCCAAGUGGCUGUCCCUGAAGUCGGAAGUCGCGGGUUCGGUACCCGCAUCAGGCAACAGUGCCACUGUUGUCUUUUUGGUCUUGCACUCACGCCUCUCUGUCCUCGAAGCCAAGAUGGUGAGCCCAACAACUUCUGAAGUGCAACCCACCAUGGGGGUCAAGAUCUUCUCAGCCGGAGUUUCUGCCUGCCUGGCAGAUAUCAUCACCUUCCCGCUGGACACCGCCAAAGUCCGCCUUCAGAUCCAAGGUGAAGGCCAGGCUUCCAGUACCAUUAGGUAUAAAGGUGUCCUCGGGACCAUCACCACCCUGGCAAAAACAGAAGGAUUGCCGAAACUGUACAGCGGUCUGCCUGCGGGCAUUCAGAGGCAAAUCAGCUUUGCCUCACUCAGGAUUGGCCUCUACGACUCGGUCCAAGAGUACUUCUCUUCAGGGACAGAAACACCCGCCUCUCUGGGAAACAAGAUCUCAGCCGGCUUAAUGACUGGAGGCGUGGCAGUGUUCAUUGGGCAGCCUACAGAGGUCGUGAAGGUCAGGAUGCAAGCCCAGAGCCAUCUGCACGGGAUCAAACCCCGCUACACCGGGACCUACAAUGCUUACAGAGUUAUAGCCACCACAGAAAGCUUGUCAACACUUUGGAAAGGGACGACCCCUAAUCUCAUGAGAAAUGUCAUCAUCAAUUGCACAGAGCUGGUAACAUAUGACCUCAUGAAGGGGGCCCUUGUAAACAACAAAAUACUGGCAGAUGACGUCCCCUGCCAUUUACUGUCAGCUCUUGUUGCCGGGUUUUGCACCACACUCCUGGCCUCUCCCGUGGAUGUGGUAAAAACAAGAUUCAUCAACUCUCUGCCAGGACAGUACCCAAGCGUACCGAACUGUGCAAUGACCAUGUACAGGAAGGAAGGACCGACGGCCUUCUUCAAAGGGUUUGUGGCUUCUUUUCUGCGACUCGGGUCCUGGAAUGUCAUCAUGUUUGUGUGCUUUGAACAGCUGAAAAAGGAACUGAUGAAGUCCAGGCAGACAGUGGAUUGCUCCACAUGAGCAACGUGAAGGAAGAGAUGAUGAACGUCAUUGGGCUUCUAUGCUGGGAGACCAUGAAUAAAACCAACCAAAGAAAUCAAA